GCCGCCGCCGCUGCUGCAGUCGGCAUCCAUCAGCGGGCGGGGGUGUCGCGGAACAGGCUGCUCCGCAGAGCCCGCCGCCGCCCCGCGCACCCGCCCCGCCCCGCGGCCUGCUGGCCCGCAGGAGCCGAGGGGGCGCCCCCCGCCCAGCCUGCCCGAGAUGGGGACCCCCAGGCCCAGGCGUGCUGGUCACCAUGACAACAGAGACAGGCCCUGAUUCCGAGGUGAAGAAGGCUCAGGAGGAGGCCCCGCAGCAGCCUGAGGCUGCUGCCACAGCAACCACCCCAGUGACCCCCGCAGGCCACGGCCAUCCCGAGGCCAACUCCAAUGAGAAGCAUCCGCCCCAGCAGGACGCUCGGCCUGCUGAACAGAGCCUAGACAUGGAAGAAAAGGACUACGGGGAGGCCGAUGGCCUGUCAGAGAGGACCACGCCCAGCAAGGCCCAGAAAUCACCCCAGAAGAUUGCCAAGAAAUUCAAGAGUGCCAUCUGCCGAGUCACUCUGCUCGAUGCCUCUGAGUAUGAGUGUGAGGUGGAGAAACAUGGCCGGGGCCAGGUGCUGUUUGACCUGGUCUGUGAACACCUCAACCUCCUGGAGAAGGACUACUUUGGCCUGACCUUUUGUGACGCCGACAGCCAGAAGAACUGGCUGGACCCCUCCAAGGAAAUCAAGAAGCAAAUCCGAAGCAGUCCCUGGAAUUUUGCCUUCACAGUCAAGUUCUACCCCCCUGACCCUGCCCAGCUGACAGAAGAUAUCACAAGAUAUUACCUGUGCCUGCAGCUGCGGGCGGACAUCAUCACAGGCCGCCUGCCCUGCUCCUUCGUCACGCACGCCCUGCUGGGCUCCUACGCCGUGCAGGCUGAGCUGGGCGACUAUGACGCCGAGGAGCAUGUGGGCAACUAUGUCAGCGAGCUCCGCUUCGCCCCUAACCAGACCCGGGAGCUGGAAGAAAGGAUCAUGGAGCUGCACAAGACAUACAGGGGCAUGACCCCAGGAGAAGCAGAAAUCCACUUCCUAGAGAAUGCCAAGAAGCUUUCCAUGUACGGAGUAGACCUGCACCAUGCCAAGGACUCUGAGGGCAUUGACAUCAUGUUAGGAGUCUGUGCCAAUGGCCUGCUCAUUUACCGGGACCGGCUGAGAAUCAACCGCUUCGCCUGGCCCAAGAUUCUCAAGAUCUCCUAUAAGAGGAGUAACUUCUACAUCAAGAUCCGGCCUGGGGAGUAUGAGCAGUUUGAGAGCACGAUUGGCUUUAAGCUCCCAAAUCACCGGUCGGCCAAGAGACUGUGGAAGGUCUGCAUCGAGCACCAUACGUUCUUCCGGCUGGUGUCCCCUGAGCCCCCGCCCAAGGGCUUCCUGGUGAUGGGCUCCAAGUUCCGGUAUAGUGGGAGGACCCAGGCACAGACCCGCCAGGCCAGUGCCCUCAUCGACCGGCCCGCGCCCUUCUUUGAGCGUUCCUCCAGCAAACGGUACACCAUGUCCCGCAGCCUCGAUGGAGCAGAGUUCUCCCGCCCAGCCUCGGUCAGUGAGAACCAUGAUGCAGGACCUGACGGUGACAAGCGGGAGGAGGAUGGCGAGUCGGGGGGCCGGCGAUCAGAAGCUGAGGAAGGAGAGGUCAGGACUCCCACCAAGAUCAAGGAGCUAAAGCCGGAGCAGGAAACCACGCCGAGACACAAGCAGGAGUUCUUAGACAAGCCAGAGGACGUCUUGUUGAAGCACCAGGCCAGCAUCAAUGAGCUCAAGAGGACCUUGAAGGAACCCAACAGCAAACUGAUCCACCGGGAUCGAGACUGGGAGCGGGAACGCAGGCUGCCCUCCUCGCCUGCCUCCCCCUCCCCCAAGGGCACCCCUGAGAAAGCCAAUGAGUCCCGGAGGACCCAGGACACCUCUCAGCAGGACUUGGCACCUGAGCCUGGGACGGCCACAGGCUUGGAAGUAUUCACUCAGAAAAGCCUCGCAGCAUCUCCUGAGGGUUCAGAGCAUUGGGUAUUUAUAGAAAGAGAGUACAUUAGGCCAGAAGAACUCAGUCUCCUCACAGUGACCACCACGCAGCAGGAAGAAAGUGAGGCAGGCCUCGCAGACAUCCUUGCUGAUGGCAGACUCUCCAAGGUAGACAUCCUGGUGGACAAGUUCAAAGUUGAAGUGGCCACAGAAGAAAUGGUGGGAGCCAGGAGAGCAAACACCCAGCAACAAGGAAGAAUGAUCGCCAGCCCUGAAGACUUCGAGUCAGUGUGGGAGGAAGGUCCCUGGGUCCGGGAAGGCCCGGGAGGGGCUCCUCUGCCUGCAGGCUGCACAGGGGCAGGAAAGCUCUUGGAGGGCUCCCAGCUCAGGGUGGACCCUGGGGAGGCAACCAUCUGGAAGCCCCAGGUCUCCGGUGGUCAGCUGGAGGGCCCAGUGGUUGAGCCAGAGGAGUUCCAGGCUUGUGGAAGACCCACUGCCCCAGGAACCAGACCCGCAGAGGUGGAUGUCCCCUCUUCAGCCUCUGACACUGGAGGACUCCAGUCCUUUCUGCUGGACCCAGCCCACACAGAAGCCAGAGCCGACUCGAGCGACGAGACCGACACUUCCCUUGCAGAGAGGAGCUUCUAUUUAAACUACGGAGAGAAAGAUUCUGAAGACCAAGCCCUCCCUCCACCCCUGGAGGAGAGAGAAGAGCACUUUGAUGUCCCACCUGGACCAGAUGAGACCAGGUGGAAGCUCUCGGAGGAGCUCAUGGAGAGCUGGGAGCUGAACUCCUCAGGCCCCCAGGGCUCUGCUGCCACUGCCGGCAGGAACAAGGCCCAAGAGGGUGAAGCUUCCUCAGAGGAAGGGGCCGGGCUUCGCAGGAACCAUAGACCAAAUGACCUGGAGGCUAUUGACCAGCAGCUUGGAAAGGGACCUUCUCCAGGGCCGGCAUUUGCUGGGGACUGGGACCAGUCCCGGUGGGGAGUGGAAGGAGAAUUUACCCACCCAGUAUCUUCAGUAGCUGCAGAGGAAGAGGCCCCCAAGAGUGGAGAUUUGAUGGGAAGAGCUGCGAAAAGUCCCCCAGCAGGAUGGAACCACUCACCUCCCAGAGGAGGGCCCGUGUGUCCAGACCCUUGGGCCAUCGCACCUAGUGACGACAGGAAGCCGGCCAAGCCGGACAGAGGCAACUUCCUGCCCAAAGAGAGGGGACCAGUUCACACCCAGAUGGGAGAACCUGCAGUGGAGGACAGCAAGACCCCAGUGUUUCUUCAGAUGGAGGCGAUCACCCCACUCCAGACCUCCCCCCGGCCCUUUUCAGCUCAGUCAUCUCCAGAGGAAGCUUCUCCAAGCUCACCCCCUCAUGGGUCAGGGGAGCCUUUGCAGCUCAGGGACCCCUUUGGAGAAGAGUCCCCUCUACUUCUCAAACAUGCCCAUCCUCCUAAAGAGAGCCUGGAGCCCAAGGACCAAGGAGGGCUGGUUGGGACCCCGGACAGAGGAGAGCGCUGGGCACCUCCUGUCGCCAGCAGAAAGCCCAGAGCUGUUCCUGAAGAAGCCGAGGGGUUGGUGUUUCCUUCAGAAAAGCAAAAGGAGAUGACCACUUUCCAGGCUGGGGGGAAGCAGGGCUCCCUGGAAGACAUUAGCAAGACCUCAGUGGCCAACAAAAUUCGUAUCUUUGAGACCCACGGAGCUGAAACCCGCCGGGUGAGUCAAGGUGAAACCAGGGCCUUUACCGAGUUGUCAUCAGAGGCCUCCACGGGGCAGGUCGAGCAACAACGAAAUAAGCUUUUAGACCUGGGAUUUGUCCAGUGUCAGCCUCUAGGGGACUUUGCUGUCCCCAAAGCCACACCUUCAGUGAUGCUAUCAGCUACCAGACACUUCAGGGAGGGCGUUUCUGCCCCAUCCCCCGGUGAAGGACUCAUGGACCUCGAGCUCGUGUCUGCCAGUCCAGGCCGCGAAACCGCACUGGAGGAAGCUACUGGGGGAACUGGCCACAACAAACCCGGAGAUGCCGUGAGGCAAGAGAAGCACGUCACCAGCUUAGCAGCGAACCCCCCGGGAAAGAGGGUGCACCUGAGAUUCGCCAGCCCCUCAGUCCCUCAGAGAGCAGGGCUGAGGGAGGGCUCCGAGGAGAAAGUCAAACCGCCACGUCCCAGGGCCCCAGAGAGUGACACGGGAGACGAGGACCAGGACCAGGAGAGGGACGCGGUGUUCCUGAAGGACAACCACCUGGCCAUUGAGCGUAAGUGCUCCAGCAUCACGGUCAGCUCCACAUCCAGCCUGGAGGCCGAGGUCGACUUCACGGUCAUUGGCGACUACCACGGCAGCGCCUUCGAAGACUUCUCCCGCAGCCUGCCUGAGCUCGACCGAGACAAAAGCGACUCAGAAACCGAGGGCCUAGUGUUCUCCCGGGAUCUCAACAAAGGGGGCCCCAGCCAGGAUGACGAGUCUGGGGGCCUUGAGGACAGCCCAGACAGAGGGGCCUGCUCCACCCCAGAUAUGCCCCAGUUCGAGCCUGUGAAAGCGGAAACCAUGACUGUCAGCAGCCUGGCCAUCAGAAAGAAGAUCGAGCCGGAGGCUGUGCUGCAGACCAGAGUCACCAAUGUGGACGCCACCCAGGUGGAUGGGGCUGCCCCAGGGGGGAAGGAGUUCAUGGCCACUACUCCUUCCAUCACCACAGAGACCAUCUCGACCACCAUGGAGAACAGUCUCAAGUCCGGGAAGGGGGCAGCUGCCAUGAUCCCAGGCCCACAGACGGUGGCCACGGAAAUCCGUUCUCUUUCUCCGAUCAUCGGGAAAGAUGUCCUCACCAGCACCUACGGCGCCACCGCGGAAACCCUCUCCACCUCCACCACCACCCAUGUUACCAAAACUGUGAAAGGAGGGUUUUCUGAGACGAGGAUUGAGAAGCGGAUCAUCAUCACAGGGGACGAAGAUGUCGAUCAAGACCAGGCCUUGGCUUUGGCCAUCAAGGAGGCCAAACUGCAACAUCCUGACAUGCUGGUAACCAAAGCUGUCGUAUACAGAGAAACAGACCCAUCCCCGGAGGAGAGGGACAAGAAGCCACAGGAAUCCUGACCUCUGUGAAGAGAUGCUGGUGUUUCUGGUCCAACCCAAGCCAGAGAACCGUAAAGAAGGGGCCUUCAUUCUGGAUUCUCCGACUCAACACCGACGUCCCAGCUGCGACGUACUGUCCCUGACAAGAGACCGGGAAAGGAAAAGCAUAUAUAUAUAGAUAUAUAUAGAUAUAGAUAUAUAUACAGGAAACACCACGUCCUUCACUGCUGCCGGGGCUGGCCGAGUAUUCGGCCAAUAGCAACAACCAACAUCUGAACGCCUUCAUUUCCUUUGCAGACAAAUCGAAGAAUUAGUGGGAUUUUUGAGGGGAAAAAAAAAAAGUAUAACAACAAUAAUCCCUUGCUCUUCCCCCUCUUUGAAGGCCUGCAGAACAACCAAGGCGAGCCAGGCCGUGCUGAUUGUAGAGGUAUAAUGUGAUCUGGGUUCUGCACGUCCCGUUCAGUGGAUGAGCGUUUCUUCUCCUCCUGCGUCUGUUGCCCACUCGAAUGCAAAGGAAAACACUUUUGCAGCCAAGCAAGAGAAGCUGCAACAGCAAGACACGCCCCGUCAACCAGUUUCUGAGAAAGAGAGAGAAUUUCCCACUGGGAAAGGAGGAGGAGGAGGAACACUGGAUUAUUUGUGGGGUCUUGACACUGGGCUGCAAAAUCCACCUUCCUUUCUUCCUCUCCCUCCCCCCUCGACUCUCCCACGUCUUGUCGUCAUUUUCAGUCUGGGUUCCCUCCUCCCUCUUCCCCACCCCUUGCCCCUCACCCUCUGUGUCCUGGUCCUGCUGAGGGCCCCUGCAGAUGACUCUCAUUGGAAACCAGAAAAAGGAAAAAGAAGAGCAGGAACGUAAAACCAAGCCACAGGAAGGGAAGUAGACCUUGUAUGUUUAUGGGUUCUCAUUAUGAAGGUGCAGCUUGUAGGAGAUUUGUAUGGAUGUGCUUUUAAGUUAUGUAUAUUACCUAUAACAGGAAACAAAUAUUAAAAUAAACAGUGCUGGUAAGUAUGAAGCUGACAUUUUAAAAUUAUAAUUAUCUGACUGUGAUUGAUGUAUCCCAAGGUUCCUAGAUCUCACCGAACCGGCCCAGCCAAAGAGACCCAGACUCUGGCUGUGGGUGGCUCACAGUAGGAGCUCAUGGUUCAGUGUAGAAAUACAGUGUGUGGUGUUUGUAAUUGGUUGAUUAGUGGGGAGGGGCGGGGUCCCCAAGUGGAGAGGCAGGGGUUUGGCAGGAAGGAAGCAACACGGAUGUGGUUCAAGAUGCCUUCUCCCCUGGGCAAUAGCAACCAGGCCUGGUCUGUGCUCAGGCGUGGGGUCCAGAGUUAGUUUUGCCACCCAGGUCCCCGGGCUCAGUCCCCCUACCUCCCUAGGAGGCUUGCCUCAAUUCUUAAUCAUCUCUUUUUUUGGCCACAUGUCUUGCCUUUCCCUGAUCGUAUUGUGAGAGCGACUCCCAUUCAAAGGGAGGUGACGCCCCAGGCUGCCUCGGAAGAUGGUGGCCCUCACCUGGCUCAGUCUUUUUCCCUUACCACUCCUGUAUUCUGUCUGAAUCAUUCUCUUCUUCCUGGGCCAAAGGAGCCAUGACAGAGACCGAACACAGGGCAGGCUCAGAUAGGUCAGAACUGCACGGCCAAAGGCUCCGUCUGCCCCAGAACAAGCUGGGAGGAAAGGUGGUAUUGCUGAGGCUCCAUCUGUGUAUAAGACCCUGGCUUUGGAGAUUGCCCCUUUCCGUCAGUGUCUGCCCUGAGUCUGUGCCCUCAGAGUCCCAGAAAUGGACCUGAGACCACAGAAGCCCUUGGGGAAGACCCCCUCAAGAGCUUGGCAUUGCCCUUUGGCACAAAGGGGCUUUCCCAGGCUCUCCUGACACAGGCUGCUUUCCUGAGCUGAAUGUGUCCCUUUCUGAGGGGGUACGUCCCCUCUGCUCUUUAAUUUCUUGGUCCCAUUUCCCUUCCCCCAUCCUGCUUCUAAAGCAGUCUAUAAAUUCACUUAACAAAUAUUUAUCGAGUGCCUACCCAUGCCGGGCACUAUGGUUCGGCUCGAGGAGAAGGUGUGGGGGGACCAGAGGGACCUGGGAAGCCCCCUGAGCCAACCCGACAUCUCCAUCUCCUCUGAGAGCAUUUCCGUAUUCUCUCCAGUUACCGGAUGUUGCCUGGCGAUGCCCUACCGAGGGCCCGGGCUUGCUUAUCAGUUAUCCCGGUAACACAUAUGCUUAGCUGCUUAACUGGUGCUGACCUGAGGCAGGACAAGAAACCAGAGUAGUGUUUGCCUCUGUGGGCAACAAUGGGAUGGAGAGAGGGCAGAGAGCCCUGUGCCUGGACUCAGAUGGCACUGUCAGCUACAUUUCCCCCCAGGGCAAGCUGGUGGCCCACUCCAGCUUCCCCUGAGAGUGAUAGUGCACUGAACGCACCAGGUCCUUUUUACAGUCCUGGGAGAGAGGCCACAGAACCUCCUUCCUGUCCUCAACCUGACAGCCCCCGCUCUUUCUGGGCCAAGAACUGGAAUGGCCCCACCCUCUCUGGGCCACCUGGAAUUUGGCUCGGGCUUCCCUCUCUGCAGAAACCAGGUGUCCUGAGCACCCUGGACAUAUCUCAGAGGGAGAAUAUUUGUUCUAGGUUCUGUACUUGCCUACAGACCUUAAGUGUGUGGCUUUAGGGCAGGGAGGAAGGGACCAGGCGUAGCGUGUGGGUCAGCCAGGGUUUGUGGAGCAUUCCAUCCCACAGAUGCUCUGACCUUCCUUCCGCAGAGAUGCAGGCAGUGCCACCAGGGAGGAGGGGAGCUGCAAAGCUGAAAUCUAGGGCACCGUUUCCUCCCCAUCCUCCUCUUCAUAGGGAAUAUAGACGUUUGUCUUGUCUGUCUUCAACCUACUUUUCCUUUUUUUCCUUUUUACAUUUCUCAUCCUUUCUGUGCCGCCUCUCCACCCCCUCCCUGCCCCAGAAGACCAUGUAGCAUAGUGGGAAAAGUCCUGGAGGGCAGGCAGGCAUUCUGGAUGGCCAAGCUGGCUCAGCCCCUAACUCAACACGUGCCAUUGAGCUAGUCCCAUCCCCUUUUUGGGACCUCAGUUUCCCCACUCGCAAAAUGAACAGGAUAAAGCAGAUGCUCUCCAUGGCCUUUUUCCUCUCUGCAGUCUACAAAUCUUUGUUUUCUCUUCUUUUGCUUUCUUGGGAUCUUUUCCAUCUGAGGGUACAGGAAGUGCCAAGACCUGUUUCAGUUUUUGAAUCCUGCAAGCACAUUCCAAGACUGGCCUGAAAUUGCAUGAGCAACAUCACUCUAAAUUUUUUUUUUCAAAAGCACCUUCCCAACCAACUGCAAUGCUGUCCUGGUCCUUUUUACUCACACCCCUCUCUCCUCUCUUGUCCCCACGCUCCCCCACCUCAGUGCUCCGUGCUGUAUGCGUGUGCUCUCUGUUCUUGUAUACUCAAUAAAAGUGAAAUAAAUGUGUUUGAUGCUGAUCCACAAA